AUGCAUAAGAGCUCGUCGAUGAGUGAAGUGAAUAAUCGGAAGACAAAGCAUAAGGGUAGCACGGCCAAAAAGCAUGCUGAAGAUGAGGAGGAACCGGAUCGUGGGUUAUCUAGCGCCGUCGAGACUGUUAGUAAACCAGUAGAGGUAAUAAGUGACAUGCUCCAUGGUGAUAAACACCAGUCACAUUCACACCAUCAUGGUCAUCAUAGGCGUAAGCAAGCUAAGCUAUUGAAAAAACGCCUUUAUGAAUCAAGACGGGUGAUAUUUGUUUUAGGAGCUCUAAUUGGCUUGCUUCUGGCAGCUAUGUAUACUACUUAUAGAAAUCCUAAUUUGAAAACAGAAUUGGAUAAAUUGGUCAACUUUGAUAGCGUAAGUGAUAUUUUCGAAGACUGGAAGGACAUGAUUCCUAGUGGAAUAUACUCCCUGAUUAAAAAUAUAGAAGAUGACCAGUUGAAAGCAUCUGCAGAAUCUUUUUCCGUUGGUAGAAGAAUGGUUAGACUCCACAAUUUGACAAAUGAAUUUAACGUCGUAAUGGUUCCUGGAGUCAUUUCUACUGGAAUAGAAUCUUGGGGUCUAAAUAAUGAAGGAGAUUGCCCGUCAGUUAAUCAUUUCAGAAAGAGAUUGUGGGGCUCUUUCUACAUGUUAAGGACGAUGAUUAUGGACAAAAAUUGCUGGUUAAAGCAUAUAAUGCUAGACCCAGAGACCGGACUAGAUCCACCUAAUAUUAAGCUAAGAGCUGCUCAAGGAUUUGAGGCAGCCGAUUUUUUCAUGGCUGGAUAUUGGAUUUGGAAUAAACUAUUAGAGAAUUUAGCCGUCAUUGGGUACGGACCCAAUAAUAUGCUCAGUGCAUCUUACGACUGGAGGUUGACUUAUUUAGAUUUAGAAAAGAGAGAUAAAUACUUCUCCAAACUAAAGGCUCAAAUCGAAAUGAGCAAAGAUCUAAGCGGAGUUAAAACAAUACUAGUUGGGCAUUCGAUGGGAUCUCAAGUUAUAUUCUAUUUUAUGAAAUGGGUAGAGGCUCCUGGUUUCGGAAAUGGAGGACCACGCUGGUGCAAUGAUUUUAUCGAAGCAUUUGUUGAUAUUAGUGGCACUAUGUUAGGAGCUCCGAAGUCUAUUCCUGCAAUGCUCUCCGGAGAGAUGAAAGAUACAGUUCAAUUGAAUGCUUUAGCAGUCUACGGUCUUGAAAAAUUUUUCAGCAAAAAAGAAAGGGUCGAAAUGGUGAGAACAUUUGGUGGAGUGCCAAGUAUGAUACCUAAAGGGGGAGAUCUUAUUUGGGGUAAUUUAACUAAUGCUCCCGAUGAUCCUACUAAUACGUUGGAGGUAAACGACACCAGCGUCGUAAUGGAUGGCGACAAGUCUAAAAGCUUUGGCACAUUUAUCAAUCUUAAUGAAAAUGGCACAAAUAGAAAGUUUACCGUUGAUGAAUCAAUAGAUUAUUUGCUUGAUACAUCACCAGAAUGGUUUUCUAAGAGAGUAAAAGAACACUAUUCUUUCGGGGUGGCUAAGACUAAAAAUGAAUUAGUCGCCAACAAUUACGAUCAUUCUAAAUGGUCCAAUCCUUUAGAGGUAGCAUUGCCAAACGCUCCAGAUAUGAAGGUUUUUUGUUUUUACGGCGUUGGUAAGCCUACAGAAAGAGCAUACACAUAUAAGAAAGUCGAUAAUUCGUCAAUUUUAACUAUGGCUAUUGAUUUAGACCUGGCAGACCCUGUCUAUGUAGGAGAUGGCGAUGGAACAGUGUCUUUAUUAUCACAUACCAAUUGUCACGAGUGGAAGAAGGGGUCUGCAUCAAGAUAUAACCCUGGAAAUUCAAGUGUCGUUAUUGUCGAGAUCAAGGACGAGCCAGAUAGAUUUGAUAUUAGAGGAGGAGCGAAAACAGCUGAUCAUGUUGACAUUCUUGGAAGUGCUGAGUUGAAUGAAUUAGUUCUUAAGGUUGCUGCCGGAAGAGGGGAUUUGAUAAAAGACAGAUACGUUAGUAAUUUGAAGCAAAUCGUAGAAGAACUAGACAUUUAA